AUUGUUUCUUCCACAGGCCAGAACGCCAUUGUGAUCGUCGCUGGGGCCAACCUACUUCUGGAUUCCGAAGACUUGGCCAAGGCCUCUAAGGCUAUUUGUGGUGCCAAGGUGAUGGUGUGUCAGCUGGAGAUAAGUCCACAGGUGUCCUUGGAAGCUUUAAAAAUGGCGCGCAAUAGUGGAGUGAAGACGAUCUUCAACCCGGCGCCGGCCGUCGCGGACCUGGACGCGCAAUUCUUCACCCACUCCGACAUCUUCUGCUGUAAUGAGAGCGAGGCGGAGAUCCUAACGGGAAUUUCGGUGAGCAGCCGCGAUGAUGCAGGAAGGGCCGGCCGUGCACUGCUGGAGCGCGGGUGUCACCUGGUCCUGGUGACACUGGGAGGGGAAGGAUGUGUGAUUGUCUCCAAGGAUGACCCGCCCCAGAAGCACAUCGCCACCAACACAGUCCCUGCCGUGGACACAACGGGGGCCGGAGACAGCUUUAUUGGGGCGUUGGCCUUCUACCUCGCCCAGGAUCCUCAUCUCAGCAUCGAAGAAAUGGUGAAGAGGUCAAACCACAUUGCGUCAGUGAGCGUCCAGUCCGCAGGAACGCAGACAUCCUAUCCGUCCAGGAAGGACCUUCCUCAGGAUAUCUUCUAG